AUGUCAGAUCACACAGCACAAAAAAUUAUUUUUGCUACAGAAAAAGUAAAGAUAAAUAACAUCUAUUUCCGAAGAUUUUAUGGCCAGCAAGAAAAAGAUGCAUUUUUGGAAAAAUUAUUUAACAAAAACUGGGACCUUGUGCGAGAAAUAGAUAGAUCCGAAGUGAAUAGACAAUGGGAUGUUUUCAUGUCUGAAUUCAUAAAUAUAUUCAACGAGAAUUUUCCCAAAAAACCAUCUCUAAACAAAAAGCGAGCCCAUAUUCACAAAACACCUGAAAUUGAAAAAAUUAAAAACGAAUUAGACAUCCUCUUAGUCUUAAGUAAUGUGAGCCCACAACAUCUUGAUCUUUACCAAAAAACAAAAAAAGAAUAUGACAAUGCAUUGAAAAACCAGAGAACCAAAACAUAUGAGGAAAGAAUAAUCAAGUCAGACAAUAAAGGUAAAACUAUGUGGCAAAUAUGCAAAGAGAUCACUGGCACAACAAGAUCCACUGAAGAUUGGCAAUUGGAAGGGACUCCUGAAGAAAUAGCAGAAAAUUUCAACGAUCACUACAACAACACAGUAAACACCCUCCUAAAUAACAUAUCUACAACACCUAUAGAUUAUUCUCACAUGAAGCGUAUAGAGAAGUCCUUCUACCUGAGACCAACAACACCUUCCGAAAUAGAGAACUUAUCAAAAAACAUCAAAAACAAAUUCAGCAGCGGAGAUGACGAAAUUCCUAUUAUGAUAGUCAAGUUAUCAUUACCAGCAGUCAGCGAAAUACUAUCAUACAUCAUAAAUAAUUCUUUCAAACAUGGUAUAUUUCCAGAUUCCUUGAAACUAGCACUCAUAAAACCAAUAUUCAAAACAGGCAACCCAGAACUUCUCAACAACUACAGACCCAUAAGUUUACUACCAGCAUUCUCCAGAAUUUUUGAAGUACUAGUCUCGACAAGAUUAACUGAAUACUUUAAAGAAAACAACCUUUUUUCACAUACCCAACAUGGAUUUCUACAUGGACGCUCAACACAGACAGCUAUCUUUGAAUUCUUGCAGUACAUUUUGGAGUCACUUGAGGACAGUAAGAUGGCUCUGGGUAUUUUCCUAGACCUCUCUAAAGCCUAUGACUCAUUAAACAAAGAAUAUCUUCUUCAGAAAUUAGAGUUUUAUGGAGUGAGAGGAAACACAAUUAAAUGGCUUGAUUCAUUCAUGACUAACAGAAAACAAAGAGUUACCAUCACUCAAAAUAAAAAUCAAUCAAAGUCAAAAAUAUUGAUAAGAAAAAUAGGAAUCGACCAAGGAAGCGUCAUCGGCACACUCUUGUUCUUAGUAUACCUGAACGAUCUAGGCCACAUAGUACUGCAAGAUGAAGGAAACAUGGUGAAUUUUGUCGACGACACAAAUCUAUUAACCAGUGCCGAGGAUUUUGAAGAGCUCUCGAGACAAGCAAAUCACAUCUUCUUGAAAUCAAAAACAUGA